AUGUUUACCGGUCCUCUAAUAUCAUCAUUGAAACUGGAAGAUGGUGUUAUGAGCCAGCUUAACUCUACUGCCCUGCGCCAAGAUAAUAGUAGAGAUAAUAAAAGUAAUCCUACGUUCACCCAACAAACAGAUAAACUUGCUAAAGCCAAUUGA